CUGAUUCAUUGAAAAGAUCCGACUCCAAAAGAAUAAUUCAAAUCGAACAUCGCUUGAAACACGUGGUUCUGUAACCAGGAGAACCGUCCUCUGCGAAGCUCACCAAUGGGCAGUGUUUUGGCUGCCAGUGCCCCCAGCCCGCCUGCUCCAGGGCCAGGUGGAGCGGGUUUGGUGUCAAUGCCCCCAGGAUUCACGAUGCCGUCCGUCUCACCCGGCUCUGUCCCGGGCAGUUCUUCAGCUGGGCUCCAGGAGACCGAGCCUCCCCUUCCGAACCCCGGUGGCUUUGAAGAGUGCCAUCGCAAAUGCAAAGAGGUUUUCCCCAUGCAGAUGGAGGGUGUUCGAUUAACAGUCAACAAGGGCUUGAGCAACCACUUCCAGGUGAACCACACAGUGUUGUUAAGCACUCAAGCAGAUUCCAGUUACAGGUUUGGAGCUACCUAUGUGGGGACCAAACAAAUAGGACCAGCAGAGGCCUUUCCUGUCAUUGUUGGGGACAUGGACAACACAGGGAGCCUAAAUGCACAGGUUAUUCAUCAGAUCACAGACAGAGUGCGCUCUAAAUUUGCUUUCCAGACGCAGCAGCAGAAGUUUGUUAACUGGCAAGGAGAUGCUGAAUUAAAAGGGGAAGAUUUCACUGCCGCUGUGACCUUUGGCAACCCAGAUGUGUUGGUGGGGUCUGGAAUUGUUGUAGCUCAUUAUCUCCAGUCUGUCACUUCGUCGCUGGCAUUAGGAGGAGAGUUGGUGUACCACCGCCGGCCAGGAGACGAGGGCACAGUCAUGUCUCUGGCAGGCAGAUAUACAGGCAGCAACUUUAUCGCCACAUUGACACUAGGAGGAGCUGGAGUUCACGGGUCAUAUUAUCACAAAGCCAAUGAUCAGUUGCAGGUUGGUGUGGAGUUUGAAGCGAGCACCCGUAUGCAGGAGACUAGUGCAUCAUUUGGGUACCAGCUGGACGUCCCCAAAGCCAACCUGCUCUUUAAAGGUUCUUUAGAUAGUAACUGGGUGGUUGGAGCUACGCUUGAAAAAAAGCUGCUGCCUCUGCCUCUGUCUCUGGCCCUCUGUGCUUUCCUUAACCACAGAAAAAACCAGUUCCAGUGUGGGUUUGGCAUCACUGUUGGUUAAACCUACCUUCUUUCUUUGUUAAUUCGUCGGUUUACACACCAGUGCUGUUGCUGGUGAAACGGUAAAGGUUGGACCCACUUGCAUAUCCACACUUGUACAAAAUCAGUGACUAAGAAGCAAAACAAAUAAAU